GACACCAGAUCUGAUCACUCGCUGAAAGAAGAACUCAAGUUUUAGGAACUCUCCGACAAAAAAACUAUGCAAGCAAUUGCAGUUCGAGACUAGCUGUAUGCACCUUUGAAAGUUGGCUCCACCUGUUAAAUAUCCAUUUAAAAGUUCUGCAUUAUUCAUUUCUCACCAAACAUACGAGGGUGUCUUCUGCAUUUGAGACAAACACCCUGGAAAGAUUGUCAUUCGGAAAACCGUUUCGGAGUUAAGUUCGAGAUCUUUUAGAAACUUAAGAUUUCAGCAGACUGAUUGAACCUACCUUUUCAAAACAACAGCAACAUGGCAGACACGGAAAUGGGGGUAAAAGAUGCAGGAGAUGCGAAAUCUGAGAAAACAUUCUGUCAGAAGUUAACAGAAUUUCUCUUCAAGAACCUCCUCCUUAUUCUCAUGAUCCUGUCCCUAAUUCUUGGAUGCUGUGUUGGUUUUGGGAUCAAGCUCGGAUCUGAUCGCGAUUUCACUUCGGACGAGAUCAAAUAUAUCAGCUUUCCAGGGACAAUCUUUCUCAACAUGCUCAAGGUGAUGAUCAUCCCCCUGGUCGUCACCAGUUUGAUCGCCGGUAUGGCGUCGCUUGACAGGCAAGCCUCGGGCAAGCUGGGUCUCCGAGCUGUCCUCUACUAUUUCACGACCACUUUUAUCGCAGUCAUCCUCGGGAUCAUCCUCGUGAUGACCAUUCAACCAGGCGCUCGAGGAAGCAAGGACGACAUCGACUCCUCAGGCGACGUCGAAAGUGUCAACACGGCUGAUGCCUUCCUCGAUCUCCUGCGGUAAGUUAAAACAUCCCAAAGUCCAAUCCUCGCGACUUCAUCAAGUCAAGCUCAAACGAAGUAUUUAAUGCCUAAAACUAUUCUUUCAAACGUUGUUUAAUCCGAUAGUUUUAAACAUCUUCCUAAUGUUAUGAAUGAUUGCAUUUUACUUUUGCUAAUGCAAAAGAUACUUCUUAAAGGUUGUCUGUCGAAAGAUUAGCCAUUCUUUUACAAUAGUGUGUUUUCUUGAAUGUCUUCAUACUAGGUGAGAGAGAGAAAAAAAAAAAUCAGAUUUCAUGAACCCUUAAUCGUUUUCUUUAAAUGAAAUUUAUACGGGGUCCCCUACAAAAAUGGGAUGGGAUCUAUCAAAUAUUGUUGUAUUACUUUCCCCGAUCACCAACUCCCCUGUUAUAUAAGCCAUUUGAAACAGACCUCAUGUAAAUAUAUAUUAUAAAAAUAGAAGGUUAUUAUUGUAUGUUUGCUUAUAUUAUCAAAAUAAUUAUAGUCAGUAAUGAUCAGUUAGUCCAUUCAUAUCCGUUUCGAUUUCUUUCAACGUUGUAAAUAUUAUUGUUCAUGGCACUAGUGCUAUCAAUGCCAGACUAUAAAGUAAUACAAAAGUGAAACCAAUACUUGAGAAAAAAAGACAAUUUCUUUUAUAAUGAGAAUACUUUAAAAUCAUUUCUAGAUUAACCGGAUCUGCAUUAUUUACAGGAAGUUGGAAGGUGAUUAGGAAAUCCGAAUAAUUAUUUGAGGAAAAAUCUUUAUAAUCCCUAAAUUAUUUCAAGGCAAUUUCCUAAUUCCGUUCUCUCCAAGAACAAGCAUGCAAUAUCAAUACACUUUGUGUUCAUAUUUUUCUAUUUCUUUGUUGUUUAUUGCUAAAGGUCAUGUUUGUGUACUUUAUGUGCAUUUAUGUUUGCAAUUGUUUAUGAUGCUGAUUUGUUGCAAUAUUACAUAAGAGUAUGUGAAGGUCAUGUAUCAUUAAGUUAUUUUCAUGUUGAAUUGACAUGUACUCUUGUAUAUAUUUUGAUAUUUUGUGAUAUUUUGUUUGUGUUUUUCAAUCAUUUAACUGUAUGAAACUGAAGAAGAUGG